AUGAGCCUGCUGACGGUCUUGGCAGUGGCUGGGUUCUUUGGAGCUGCGUUCGCGCUCGGGAGCCUGUACACGAAGCACCUGCUCAACAAGCGCUACCAGUACGACAAGGUCAUCAAGCUCAGCGCAGACAACGACAGGCUGCGAACGAAGAUCGAGGAGCUGCGCGUCAUCGCCGGCGUGCUCGAGCCGAAGACCAACGAGGAGCUGGACGACCUGUUCGUGCCCGGCAUCAACAAGGAGGUCAUCAUCGGGCGCGUGGACAAGCUGCUGGAGAACCAGGACGUCAACAUCCGAUUCAUUCCGGACUUCAUCGAGCGGCAGGUGUACGUGAACGCUAUCUCGCUGAUGCUGUCGAUUUUGAACGACGUGCUCAAGUCGAUGAGCAUCGAGUUCGCGGGGCACCGCGUGAAGUUCGCGCUGACGUUCCUCGACGUCGCGGACUUCCCGACGAAGAAGAGCAAGGGCGGGCGGCGCAUGAAGCGCCUGUCGCUCAAGCGCCUCACUGGGGGCGGGAAGAAGGACAAGCCCGCGGAGCCGAAGAAGGACGAGUCGCAGGACGGCACGGGGGGCGGGAACGGGAACGCGCAGCUGCCGCAGCCCGCGUAG